AUGUUUUCAGCUGGUAAACUUGCAAGUUUAGAAAAAUUUGAAAGUGAAAAAGAGAAUUUGUAUAAAGAACACGAAAAAUUGAAAAGUACCUACAAACAAGAAGUUGAGAAUUAUGAAGAAAAGAUCUUAAAUCUUCAACAGCAAUAUGCUUUAGAUCAUAAAAGACUUAAGAAAGAAUAUGAAGAGAAACAAGAAGCAGAGAAAGAAUAUUAUUUUUCAGAUGAACAGACUGAAUAUGCAAUUAAAACAGCAUUUUCACAAAUAAAAAAACUUAAAAAGGAAUUAUAUGAUAAUACUGAAAUGACAAUGAAACUUACAAAAGAAAAUGAGGUAUUAAAACAUAAAAAUUCAAUAUUAAAACAAAAAUUGAGCAUUUCUGAAACUACAGAAAGUAAAUUAGCUUCUAAAAUUGAUGCUCAACAAAAGGCAAUCAUACUUUUGAAGAAUAAAUGUGUUCAACAGAAGGAUUUGUUGGAAAAAUUAAAAAAUAUAGAAAAAUGUUACGAGGGGUUACUUAAACAAGAAGAAACAUCCAAAUUGCAGAUUAAAGAAUUAACUGUAAAUGUUACAUCCAUGUCUACCAAUAUAACUGAUAUAAAUAAGCAAUUGGAAUUCUACAAAAAUGAAAUUAAAAUGCAAGAAGAAGCUAAUGUUAAGCUAAUUAUUAUUAUAUUAAAAGCUGCAAAAGCAAUUAAGGAAGCAACUAUGCACACUCCAAAAAAUGAGGAAGAGAAAGAACUACUUAUCCAAAAGAGAUAUGAUUUAUUACAUAGCUUACAUACACUGCUUGAAAGUUCUCAUGAAUUUUAUAACGAUUAUUAUUUUGAUUUUUUACAUUCACAUGGUGUACCAGCUGAAGAAAUACAAAAGUGGUUUGAAGAGAAAGACAUUCCACCAAAAUAUAAAUUAGGCAAUUUGGGAAUUAUUCCAAAAGUUGAAAAAAGUAAAUUCAAACAAGACAAAGAGAAUGACUUAACUCUUUCACAAAGAAAAUUUGACGAGCUUCAAUUACGAGAAAAAGCAAUACUGAGCAGUGUAAAUCUCCUAACUGCAUACGAGAAUUUAGUCAAGAAAUUAUCCGAAGAAAAAGAAUAUUUCUCCUAUGGCAAAUACUAGAAAUGUCCCCAAUGUCCCAAAAUUUGGAGGAAUGAGGUGUGCAGACCUAGCAGGCCAGAUUCCACAAGAUUAUGCAAUUGGCAGUCUUCUAAAAACCAGAACAUCUGUGAGCAAGCAGUAGAACACUACAAAGUGGAAACACAAGACAUGCAACUUUAAUGUCAUUACAGAUUUCUCACUGCAUAACUUUUCAGACACACUGUAUAUAAAAAUACAAUGUGUCAAUGAUAGCUAGUUAAAACCAAAACAGAAACAUAGAUAUGUAUAGCGUUUAUACCAAAAGGAAUUUUAUUGUUAAAAUAAUUUAUUAAUGAAAUAUUUUCUUUUGUAAAUUAAUUAUGUCAUUAUAGUUAAUAUUAUAAAGGGAAUUAACUUAUUAAAAAUGAGAACUAGAUCUACAGUGAUAUAUUUUAUUUAUUUAUAAAUUUAGUUUAUUAAAUAAUCUUAAUCUUAAUAAAAAGUUUGUGUUGAUUUUGCAAGAAAAGUUUUUCUUACUCUUUUCAUUCUGUGAGCAAGAUUUUAUUAUGACUUUGGCAAAGCUCACAACAGGACAGCCAGACUCAAGAGUUCCAACCCAGAUUUGAAUCUAGGUUCCUUGAGGUGGUAGGAUAAUGCCUUUACCACUUCUGCCAUAUUUUUUUGAUCUUCAGAAGUAAUUCUACUAAUUCUAUUUUUGACUCUCAUAUUAUUAUGCUAUUGAAUAGUACUGUUUAAUAAAUAAGAAGUUAUUUAAUAAAAUGUCUUUAAAAUGUUAUUUGUUAUCUAAAUGAGGCAAUAAAGACUGAGAUUUUAAUAACUUUGUC